AUGGCUAGCCCAGUAGCCCAGGUCUCAGAGACCACAUCCUCUGCUGCAGCUACUUCAUCUAGUUCCAGUUUAGUAUUUUGUCACUUCAUGGUCGGAAUUGUCAGCAACCGUGUCAGUUCUAGCGAUUACGACGAUGAUAUGAAGCGCGCCAAAGACCUUGGCAUAGAUGCCUUCGCUCUCAACAUCGGCACGGAUGACUUCACCGAUACCCAACUCGGAUACGCCUACGCAUCUGCUGCUGAGAAUGACAUGAAGCUGUUCCUAUCCUUCGACUUCAGCGCAUGGAGCACAAGUGACGGCGCAUCUGUCGGCGCCAAAGUUAAGCAGUACGCUAACCAAACUGCUCAGCUGUUAGUAGACGGUGAUGUUUUUGUCUCUUCGUUCAUUGGAGACGGUGUCGAUGUGGAUUCCAUCGUCUCUGCUGCAGGACAGGACCUUUUCUUUGCGCCGAAUUUCGCGCCUGGUGAUGGAGAUUUUGGUAACAUCCAGGGUGCACUUAAUUGGAUGGCUUGGCCUAACAAUGGGGACAAUAAGGCCCCAACGGCUGAAGCUAAUCUUACUGUUUCGGAUGGAGACACCACUUACAUUGAUGCUUUGGAUGGGAAGGCUUAUAUUGCGCGUGAGUUUUUUGAAAGUGAAUAUUUGGCUGGAUUUUAUUGCUUACUAGUGAUAGCUGCGUCUCCGUGGUUCUUUACCCAUUACGGAACAGAGGUUUCCUACAGUAAGAACUGGGUUUUCCCGUCUGAUUUACUCUGGCAGCAACGAUGGGAAGAGAUUCUGGCUUUGAAGCCUCGUUUUGUGGAAAUUAUUACCUGGAACGACUAUGGAGAGUCCCAUUAUAUUGGACCAUUGAGCUCCCCUCAUACAGAUGAUGGAGCGUCCAAGUGGGCAAUGGACAUGCCCCAUGACGGAUGGGCAGAAAUGGCCAAGCCCUACAUCGCCGCCUACAAGGCCGGCAGCACUGAUGUGCUCCCCUACAUCACCGAUGAACAGCUAGUAUACUGGUAUCGGCCUACACCCCGGGACGUCGACUGCGACUCAACCGACACCACAAUGACCGGAUCCGCCAACAACGCCAGUGGCAACUUUUUCCGCGGCAAGCCUAAUGGGUGGGAGUCGAUGCAAGAUGAGGUCUUUGUCGUUUCGUUGCUUAAGACUGCUGCGGAGGUCCAAGUGCAGUCUGGUGAUCAGUCGCAGACUUUCCAAGCGCCGGCAGGAGUUAGUGCAUUUUCAGUGCCUAUGGGGGUGGGUCAGCAGAAGUUCACCGCAACACGGAGUGGCACUACUGUGUUUUCGGCGACUAGUUUGAAGGAUAUUGUGGAUGAGUGUAUUUGUGGGAUCUACAACUUUAACGCCUAUGUAGGCACAGUCCCGGCGCCAACCACGAUUAGCCAGCUGCAGCCGGAUGGGUUGUCUAUGUUGACGUUGGGACUGCAGGUUGCGUGUCCGACCAAUACUCUGAGUGCUGGAGCAGCGAGCGCUACUAGUGCUUAG